AUGUUGUUUGGUGAAAUUCCCGCAAGUCUUGGAAGCUGUGUAAUGUUGGAAUAUCUGGGCAUGGGAAGAAACCUCUUCCAAAGGACAAUUCCUCCAUCUUUGGAAUUUUUAAAGGGUCUUCAAUAUCUAGAUCUUUCUAAUAAUAAUUUUUCUAGCCAAAUUCCAAAAAUUUUGGAGAGCUUUGUCUACUUGCAAUUUUUGAAUUUGUCUUUCAACCAUUUUGAGGGUAAGGUACCAGCAAAAGGAGUUUUCAAGAACACAAGUGCAACUUUCAUUAAUGGAAAUGAUAAGCUUUGUGGGGGCAUAUCUAAGUUUCAGCUUCCUAAAUGUGAAUACAAAAAAUCCAAGAAGUGGAAGUUGACACUUUCCUUGAAGUUAAUAAUCUCUAUAUUUUCUAGGCUUCUUGGAGUAACCUUGGUUUUGUUAGUUCUAUUGCUUCGUUCUUUUAUAAAGAAAAGAAAAGAUACCGCCUCUAGUGACUUAGGAAAUUUUCUUUUGAAUCUAUCUUACCAAAAUCUCCCAAAUGCGACUGAUGGGUUCUCUUCUACCAAUUUAAUUGGUGUGGGUGGUUUUGGAUCCGUGUAUAAAGGAAUUCUUAAUCAAGGUAGACAUACAGUUGCUAUUAAGGUGCUUAACCUUUUGCGUCAUGGAGCUUCCAAAAGUUUCAUAGCUGAAUGUGAGGCUCUACGAAACAUUAGACAUCGAAAUCUUGUAAAGGUACUUACAUCAUGUUCUGGUAUUGACUAUCAAGGUCAAGAUUUUAAAGCUUUGGUAUACAAGUUCAUGGCAAAUGGAAACCUAGAUGAAUGGCUACAUCCAACUUCAAGAAUAGAUGAGGGUCAUGCGGAACCAAGGAAUUUGAGUCUUCUUCAAAGAGUGAAUAUUUCCAUUGAUGUUGCUAAUGCCUUGAAUUAUCUUCAUCAUCAUUGCCAAACGCCAAUCGUUCACUGCGACCUCAAGCCUAGCAAUGUUCUUCUUGAUGAUGAAAUGAUUGGAGACGUAGGUGAUUUUGGCUUGGCAAGAUUUAUUUUUGAUGCUACCCAAGAUUGUUCUAUUGAUCAACUGAGCUCUAUUGGAAUAAGAGGAACAAUUGGUUAUACACCUCCAGAAUAUGGUAUGGGAAAUGAAGUGUCAACAUAUGGUGAUGUUUAUAGCUAUGGUAUAUUAUUGUUAGAAAUGUUCACUGGAAAAAGGCCAACUGAAAACACUCUCCAAGAUAACUUAAACCUUCAUGAAUUUGUUAAAGCAGCUUUGCCAGAACAAAUAAUUCACAUUAUUGAACCUAUUCUCCUUCGAGAAAGAGGGGAUGAGGAGACAGUGAUGAAUGAAACUCACAGUGAGAGUCGAAUAGGAAGUACCAAAAUUCAAGAAUGCUUGAUUUUGAUACUUGAAAUUGGGGUUGCUUGUUCCAUGGAAUUUCAUAGAGAAAGGAUGAGCAUCAGUUCUAUUAUAGUUGAGCUGCAUUCAAUUCGGCAAGAACUUAUUGGAUAG